AUGUCGGUUUGGUGUCAGAUUUGUAAGGAAUUGAAAUCGUGCACAAAUGCAACCCAGUUGGUCCCAUGCCUUCACACGUUCUGCAAUCCGUGCAUCGCCGAGGUCUCGAAAACGUCGAAAGUGUGCCCGGCGACGCAUUGCUAUUCGCCGAUUGUUGCGCCCGACAGUUUUAUUGGAAUAUGCGAGGUUGGCAAUUUUUUUGUUGUUGUUGUGACAUUCUCAAAAACGCAAUUUUCGGCUGAAAAAUGCAUUAAAAAAAUUGCAAUCGCCUCGGACACAUUUCGAACCGUUUGCCAUCAUGAAAUAUGCCAAUAUUGUUUCGACAUGGCUUCCAGAAAAGAUAAACUAUCAUGCCCAGUGUAUGGAUGUGGUGAGCCAAUGCUUGACGAUGAGGAGCUCCUUUGCGACGGGCCUUGUCGGCGUCCACUAUUCUACAAUAAAACCAUAGUUCAGCCAUGUUGUGGGGCUCGCUUAUGCCUGGAAUGUGCGCAAUCGGCGACGAGCGGAAAAGACUUUUGCGAGCCCGGCAAAUGUGUGACGAAAGAGCCGACGAAGAAGAAGAAGGCGGUUGACUUGUCAAAACAAUCGUGCCAGGGUUGCGUUGGCUGCGACGGCGAAGUGCUUCGCAAUUUCCCGUCGGAAUAUGAAUGCGAGCACGACGUGUGCAUCGGCUGCAUUUCGGUGAUGCUCGACGAAUGCGAGAAGAGCAAUCGAUCGCCGUUCUGUCCGAACAAGGGCUGCAACAUACCGUAUCGUUGCGAUUCGGUGCUCGCGUUGCGCGCGCUCUUCCCCGAACGCGAGAAGUUCUUCUCAAAGUUCACGCUGAGCGUCCACUUCUCGAUGCAGGUGCUGAAGGAUGACACGAUUACGGAAAUUCAACUCAACGACGCCAUCGACAUGGAGCAGAAGUUCUCGCUGAAGGUGUGCUUCUGCGAGGACGAGGAGAACGGCGUCAACAUCAAUUACGUGAAAGACGGCAGCCUCGGCGAUCUGAUACGCGAAAUUCGACGCGUCUUGAAAAUUCUCUCAACUGAUAAGAUUUACGGAUAUUAUCGAAAAGAUGGCGAAUCGGGCAACACGACACUUGAAGUGAGCGCGAAGACGAUUAAGAAAACGGCUGCUGAAAUGAACAUCAAUGAGAACACUGUAAUUCUGGUCGACAUUUCCGGAAUUGUUGCGUGCCAAACGAAGAAAUGA